GGCACUUGUCAACUGCUACGCCAAACCUCCGCUGCGUAGCACACAAGACGGACAGCGAGUGUGGUCCAGACAAGGAGAUAGACAGAGAGAGGGACGAGACAAGUCUUGCUGCCAUAAGACAGCAGCGUGUGGCGGCAACAGCAACAACCAAGAUGCCGCCCCCCCCCAAGACAAAGAUGACCGUGCUUGCGGUGCUCCUCGCCGCGGGGUGCUCCUCUCCCGCCGUAGCUGUCGCCUCCGCCGGCGGCGGCAAACACGGGCCGACCUCUCCCGCCACCGCCGGCUUCGUUGCCCUUCCCGCAAGAACGUCCGCAGUAUCAGACGAGCCGAGAUUACCCGUGAGGUCGAAAAGAAUACCAACGGCGAAAACCUCGCUGCCGGGGAGGCUUUAUUUGUCGGCAGCUGCCGACGCCCCGGCGACGGGGGCGUCGUCGUCCGUUAAGGAGGACGAGAAGAGGGCAGCCGUCAAGUCCGCCUUGCUAGGCGUGUUCGGAGAGAGCGUUAAGGAUGGCGAUGAGGGCCAAGCGACACCGGGCGACCCGAUUCUGGCGUGCCCGUCGACUCUUGGUGACCUCACCGAUGGCGUUCGAUCGUACGGAGGCAUGGGGCCGGGUUCGUUGCUCGUUGCGUUCAAGUCCUCGAACAAGAGGCCAGGGGUGAAGUACCCGAUAGGGACCGAAUUCGUCGAUUUCGCGGAGCCCCUGAAGCCGACCUGGAGCCUGAGCAGGGGAGAGGCCGUCAAGGAAGGCCAGUUCCAGACCCCGCUAGUGUCUUGGCUGUACGAGCGCGGCUGGAGGCAAGGGUUCAGCGCCAACGGCUUCCCCGGGAUUGACGAGGAGUUCCGAUUGGUGUCGGAGUACUUUUCGAGCACGGGGGCCGACGGUAAGGCGGUAAUCGACCUGUCCUGCGGGAGUGGUCUCAUGAUGCGAAGGCUCGUCUCCUCGGGCAGGUACUCGCGUGUCAUUGGGGGGGACCUGUCGCCCACCAUGCUGGCUGAAACUGCUCGGCGCUUCCGGGAGGAGGGCUUGGGGGCUCCGGAGCUCAUCAGGCACGUGCGACGUCAGCCGGCUGCCGUUGAAGACGGAGUCCCUCGACGGCGUCCACGCGGGUGCGGCUCUGCACUGCUGGAGCAAGCUGGAAGACUCGCUGUCGGAGGUACACCGGGUCCUCAAGCCCGGCAGAGGGUUCUUCGCCACAACCUUCCUCAACUCCGCUGUCAUUGGAAAUUCCGUUGGAAAUUCCCGGAGGGGGGAUGGGUUCAAGUUCUUCCAACUGGCAGAGCUGGAGCAAUUGAUGCGCAACGCCGGUUUCGAAGACGUGAAGGUGGUAAAGGAGGGGCGUGCGUGCGCGAUUGUUCGGGCCACCAAACGGGCAGAAUAAGACGUCUCGCAGCAGUCAAUGAUAUGGAAUAAGAUUACACACCCAACCGUUGGUGUUGAUUGUGUUGUGUUGUCAGGUGACAUGGCGUCUUUUAUUGUCGGUCGGGACAGCACAUUUCCGUCACCCAUGGAACCCGGUUGAUGCUUCAGAACCGUAAACGGAAAAGGUGUGUCGGCUGGUGCAAGAAUAGACACGCGCGUGAGUGUGCCGAGAUCUUGAGGUUUUGAGUGUUGCUUUUCGUGGCGAAGAUUCAGCAAAGCGCAUGUGCUGGUAUUUCUCUGCCACGAGAUUUCCCCCCGGUACAAUUUUGAACGGUGUACAGGCGACCUUAUUGGUGGUUGGUGGGUUUGGUGUAGAAGGAACGCGGGUUUCUAUUUGGAAGAGGAGAUUGGAGGAAAGGGCCGUUAGUAUCGUGGAUGCCCGACCAUCUGCAACAACUCUGUCGGGAUUGCAUGUACCGGGAAUCGGUUUCCCACUUGGAUUUGGGAUUAGUGCCCUUGUUCUCAGUUGGCAAGGUAGGGUGUGGCAAGCUGUUUUUGUGCUUUUAAGUCAUUUCUUGAAAACGUUGUCACUAUUCCAUGCAGAGAGGUACUGUGGAGCGCGUGGUGGGGAAUUUCUGCCAUACACCGCGGGCUAUGCAAUACGCUUGUUAUUCAUACAAGGGAAGGUGCGACCCUUCCUCUUUUUUCUUCUUGAGGCCUGCAGACCCUUGCUUGCAAAGAAAUUGGCCUGGUCUCUGCAACUGCAGCGCGUAUACGGCUGAGGCAACAAAAGUUCUGCACAACAGAGGCGAAAAUUGCGUGGCCCUAUGCAUUCGGCAGCGGCAAAAAAAAUACACAAGCAAGAGCGAGGGUUCACCACUACGUUAUUUGUUGCACUUGCGC